GGCCCCCGCCGACAGCCGCGGCCCGCUGCCGCCUCCGACUCCGGCCGCGGCGGCUCCCCAGCGACCGGUCAGUCUGUGGCGGUGCGUCCUCCGCCCGGUGGGGAGCCCGGUGGACGGCGCCGGUCUGCCGGUGACGGCCGGCGGCCACCAGCCGGGCGCCGCGCUGCGCGCCUGCCUCUGGCUGCCAGCCAUGCCGCCGCUGCUGCUGCUCGCUGUACUCUGCGAGUGGGCGUUCCCGUGGGACGCGCUGGCCUUCCACGGUCGCUCGAAGCCCGUCCAGCUUCUGCAGCUGGUCGCCAUGUGGACGGGCCAGCAGGCGCUCUGGCUGUGCCCGCUGAUCGUGCUCCAGGCGGCCGCAGACAUCAUCCUAAGUGGCUCGGCGCCGCGGCUGGCCUGGUGGCCGGCCGUCCGCUCCGGCAGCGUCUCCAGCCUGGUGGCGGCGCUGACUGGGCCCGUCUCCGCCUGGCUGCGGCGGCUGCUCGGUGCCGGCCGGCUCACCGCCUGGCUGCUGUGCGCGCUGUGCGGGGCCGCGGCGGCGGCGGCCGGCGGCGCGCGCCUGCUGCUCUGGGCCGCCCUGCUGACCGUCUGCGAGCAGCUGGAGCGGCUGAGCGGUCUGCCGCGGCCGGCGGCGGCGCUGGCCGGCCGGCUGCAGCUGGCCAGCUGCGCGCCGCUGCUGCAGCCGCAGCUGACCUCGCUGGACGUGUACCGCACCUGGGAGGAGCUGCAGUUCGUGCCGGUGCUGCUGCCGGCCGUGGGCGCGCUCUCCUGGAUCAUGGAGACGGCCGCCAGCGGCUCAGGGCGCGGCCACAGGUGGGCAGGCGCCGCCGAGAAGGCCGUGUGAUUCACUGUGAUAAUUUCGUCGGGCUACCUAGAACGGAUUUGUGUGUAUCACGUACCUAUGUAUCGUAAAAUCACAACAUAAAAUCACUCAUAGUUUUUAUUCACAAAUCAUUGCUUAAGUAGUUGUCUUCUCAUCUCUAUAUAGUGUCUAUCCUGUGAUCAUGAUCAAUACAGUACAUCAAUCUCCAA